CACGUUUUUCUUGCCGGACACAGAUUUGCACGUCUUGCCGGCCUCACAUCAUGACGGCCAUAGGCAGACAAGCGAGCAGUCCACUCGACGCCUACGACGAUCUGAACGUGUCUGGCUACGACCCUUUGCUUCAGCCGGCCUUGCUCAAGUCUGAAAUCCCACUGUCGGAUGCAUCCAAAACGACAAUUGCGCUCGCUCGUCGGGCGGCCAACGACAUCAUCGCAGGCGAAGACAACAGGGUCAUCGUCAUCGUUGGACCUUGCUCCAUACACAGCCCAGAACAAGCGCUAGAGUAUGCACGACUGCUCAGAGCAAAGAUCGAUAGCUGGCCCAACCUGCUCAUCAUCAUGCGUGCCUACUUCGAAAAGCCGAGGACGACAGUCGGCUGGAAGGGCCUCAUAAACGAUCCCAAUCUUGAUGGAAGCUUCAUGAUCAACAAGGGUCUCCGCGUCGCGCGCCAGCUGCUUUGCGACUUGACAGAGCUCGGUCUGCCUGUCGGCUGCGAAUUACUUGACACCAUCAGCCCACAAUUUUUGUCAGACUGCAUCUCUUGGGGCGCAAUCGGCGCACGCACGACAGAAAGUCAGCUGCAUCGAGAGCUAGCAUCGGGCAUGUCGUUCCCCAUUGGCUUCAAGAAUGGCACAGACGGCGGUGUGACGGUAGCGGUAGAUGCCAUGCGCGCAGCCUCACAUCCUCACGCUUUCAUGGGUAUCACCUCUUCGGGACUAGCAUCCAUCGUCAAGACACGGGGAAACCCAGCAGUCCACAUCAUCCUCCGAGGCGGUUCUUCAGGGACGAACUACGCCCCGAGCGAUAUCGCAAAGACGAAGACAGCGUCUGCGAAAGCGCGACCGACGUUCCAUCCUUCCAUCAUGGUCGAUUGUUCCCAUGGCAAUUCACUCAAGGAUCAUCGCAAUCAGGCCAAAGUCAAUGCUGCCAUUUGCGAGCAGCUUCGUGCGGGCGAAGAUGCCAUUACAGGCGUCAUGAUCGAAUCUCACCUGGAAGAAGGCAGACAAGAUGUGCCUACCGAAGGCCCGUCCGGCCUCAAGCGCGGCGUCUCUAUCACCGACGCAUGCGUCAAUUUCGUUACCACUGUACAGCUCCUCAGCGAUUUGAACGAGGCUGUCGGCGUUCGCAAUUCGGCUAGCAAACAAAAGCAUGCAAACGGACAUGCAAAUGGCAACGGAACAGCGCACUAAUGGCAUGCUACUGCGACGAGAUCGACGAGAGCGUCUAAGUCAUCGCAUGCUUGUACGAAUGACAUGCAGCUCUGUACAACCUACAAUGAGACUUCUAUUUCGAAAC